AAAUUGCGGGAACUUGUUGAGUGCGAAAGCGGAGCGCGACUUUACGAAAUGCAAAUAUGACCACGACUCGCAGCCAUGUUUGCAUGCAAAACAAAUACGAUCGGGUGGUCCUGCUGGUGGAUAUGGACUGCUUCUUCUGCCAGGUGGAGGAGAAGCAGCAGCCCGAAUACCGCAACAGACCCCUGGCCGUAGUGCAAUACAAUAAAUGGCGCGGAGGCGGCAUCAUCGCAGUCAACUAUGCAGCGCGGGCCAAAGGAGUGACCCGGCACAUGCGUGGCGACGAGGCCAAAGAUCUGUGCCCCGACAUCGUGCUCUGUCAAGUGCCGAACAUCCGGGAAAAGGCGGAUACGAGCAAAUAUCGCGAUGCUGGCAAAGAAGUAGCUAAUGUUCUUCAGCGCUUCACGCAGCUCCUGGAGCGUGCCUCUGUGGAUGAGGCGUACCUGGACAUCACGGAUACUGUGAAUCUCCGCAUGAAGCAGUUGCAAAUUGGCGCCUUUGCCUUGAAGCCGCAGGAGCUGGUUAACACCUUUGCCGUUGGCUAUGCGAAUAUUGGGGACUAUGUCAACAAGAUAACGAAUCUAUUUGCCAAUCCCUACAUUAAUGAUGAACGUUUCCAACUUUCCUACGAUCAGAACGAUUUGCCCGCCGUCCGCCAGAGCGAUAUUCGUCUCCUUAUCGGAGCGUCCAUAGCUGGGGAGGUGCGUGCAGCAGUCAAGAAGGACACUGGCUAUGAUUGCUCUGCUGGAAUAGCCCACAACAAGAUCCUAGCCAAGCUGGCCGCCGGCUUGAACAAGCCAAAUAAACAGACCAUUCUACCGCUGGCGGAAAUCCCUGGGCUGUUCGAUUCGUUGCCAGUAGGAAAGAUCAAGGGUCUGGGCGGAAAGUUUGGCGAGGUGGUGUGCGAGACUUUGGGCAUCAAAUUUCUAGGACAAUUGGUUAAAUACACCGAGGGAGAGCUUCAGCGAAAGUUUGAUGAGAAGAAUGGCACCUGGUUGUUCUACAUGUCUCGCGGAAUCGAUCUCGAGGCGGUGACUCCUCGCUUCUACUCCAAGAGCAUUGGCUGCUGCAAGAAGUUUCCCGGACGUAACAAUAUCACUGGCUUGAAAUCUCUGCAGCAUUGGCUGGGAGAGCUUUCCAUCGAGAUCAAUGAUAGGCUGGAGAAGGAUUUCAUCGAAAAUAACCGGAAGGCCAAGCAGAUGGUGGUCCAGUAUGUCCAGGACAUUGAUGGAGAAGAGGUAACCAGCUCUCGGUCCACCUCAAUUAAUCACUACGAUCAGGAAACGCUGGCAAAGCUUGCUCUAGACCUGAUCAAAUCCAAUACUAAAACGUUCCUACGACCUGGAAGCGAUGCGGCUCUAAACAAUUCGGUCAAGUUUCUAGGAAUCAGCGUGGGAAAGUUCGAGACCAUUUCAAAUGCUCAAAACAGCCUACAAAAUAUGUUCGCCAAUCAGGCGGCGAAAAACAGGCGAAUGAGUGGGGAGGAAGCUGUGCAGCAGCCGAAAGUCCAUGCUGAAGUCAAGUCCAAGCAGACGGAAGACUCAAAAAUGAAGAGUUUCUUCGCCAACUAUCUGCAAGGAGCCAAAAAAGAGGAGAAGAAGACCUCUGACCCUGCUCCUGCGGAGGAUACGCCUACAGUAGCAGAAGGAGCUCCGCCCAAAAAGAGUUUUUUUGAAGAGUAUAAGCAAAAACUUAAAGCCGUUUCAGAAACGGAAGCAGCUGCUGUAGGUUCCAUGCAAACCUCCACACCGCCAGCAUUGAAAGGCAGUUUUUUUGCCAACUACUUAAAGCAACAGAAUGCGGCUAAGGAGCAGCACAUCGAGUCGGCGGCCGAAGGUCAAGAGGAUGAGGAACAGACUCAGAAACAGGAGGUCGAGGCGACAGCCGAUAAUGCCUCAGAUAUGCAGGGACUGGCCGAAGAACUAGAUGCAAUUGAGGCAAGCAAUUCCAAGGAUUUCGAUGAUGACACCCUCGAAGAUGAUACCCUCACAUCAAGGGCCAACACAAUCGUGCCCCCGGAGGAACCACCCUCAACAUUUCAGCCACUCACGGAAGAAGAACUCAAACCAUCCACAUCCAAGCGUAAAUUUGAUCAGCUCAACAACAGCUCCUCAAGCAGCUACAAAGAAAGUUAUGCCGAGUACGCCGUGCCCGAGAUACGACCAGAUCUCCUGCCCAUGGUCAAGUGCGAUCAGUGUGGAGCGAAAAUUCCCGACGAUGUCAAGGUCUUGCAGACGCAUCGCGAUCAUCACUUUGCCCAGGAGUUGAGUCGCCAAAUGAGGACCGAGCAGCGCGAGAAGAGACAAAAAAGCCCAAAGAAUAUAUCCCCCAAGCCGACACCGCCGAAAAAGCAAAAGAAGUCUGCUGGAUCAGCUAGCGGAGGCUCCUCGUCUUCCUCCACUGCUCCUGCCAAUAGCAUAGCCAAGUUCUUCAAUACCAAGCCCCCUGCAGAGCCGCCUUCGAGCAACUUUCCCACUCAACAGUGCUCCGAGUGCAAGGCCUACAUCAAGAGCGUCGAUAUGCCCGAGCACUUGGACUACCACAUGGCCAAGAGUCUCCAGCGUGAGCUCAACCAGCAGGAUCUGCGUAGUCGAGCGGCUGCCCGCAGCAAGGAGACCACCUCUCCGGGCGAGGCCAAGAAGCAGAAGCAAAAGCAAAAGCAGCUGAAUGCUACCAUAGCCAACACAUCCGUCAGGGGCAACAAGCCAAUUACCCAGUUUUUUACACAAACCAAUUAAUUGUUCAGUUUAAACCUUAAAAUGAUGAAUUAUGAAUUCCAAAUCAAACCAUGAGUAUACGAUAUUAGCGUAAGAUAGCGCCUAAGAAUGGACCACGUGCAGCUUCAGUUUGUUUCUUUUUUUUUUUUGUUACACCAAGUAUUAUUUUCAUAUUGAGAAUCUAGAGGACAAUUUGAGCUAUGAAUUUUUUGUUAUUUGUAUUUUUUUUUUGUUCUAGCCUUAGCGUUAGGUUUAAGAAUAGAAUCCAAUGUUGACCAUUAAUAUCUGCAAUAAAUAAAUCGAUUGAGUUUCUUUCCUGCAAA